AUGCAGUGUGGUCCGUUCAUCCUCCUGUCUCUCAUUGUGUGCCUUUUCACGCCCUGGCCUGAGAUGCUGGGCAUCUCUGCGUCGGAUACAGAAACUAUGCCUAGCAAAUGCACACUUCCUCCAGAAUAUGGAAGCUGUAAUAGGCCCUAUGAAGCUUAUUACUAUGAUGUUAAGAGCAAGAUGUGCAGAACCUUCAUUUACAGUGGCUGUGGAGGCAACGGAAACAACUUUAAUUUUCUCAAUUGCCUUGAAGAGUGUAAAAGGUUUGAAUUUGGGCUUCCCAUAUGCCAACAACCACUAAACACAGGAUCAUGCGAAAAAAGCCUUCAUCGCUUUUACUAUGAUGCCCAAACCGAGAAGUGCAAGCCGUUCAAAUAUGGUGGCUGCAAUGGCAACGAAAACAACUUUCGGAACAAAGAAGAAUGCACUGACACAUGUGGCCCAAGCGCUAAAACUAUGCCUAUGAAAUGCACAUUUCCUCCAGAAUAUGGAAAAUGUAAUACCGGUAACUUCUAUGAAAAUUAUUACUAUGAUGUUAAGAGCAAGAUGUGCAGAACCUUCACUUACAGUGGCUGCGGAGGCAACGGAAACAACUUUAUUUUUCUCAUCAAGUGCCUUACAAGAGUCACCGAGCAUUCGCAUCAAGCAGCCACCAUGCAGUGCAAUAUCAUUGUAUUCCUGGUCUUCAUCAUGGGAUUAUUGGCACCUUGGUCUAAGGGGCACAGUUUCCACGCCUCUAUGGAUGCGGAGCUGCCUGCCAAAUGCAGAUUACGUCCAAGAUAUGGAAGGUGCCAUUCAAUUUACCGAAAUUUUUACUACGAUACUGUGAGUGGCAGGUGCAGGACCUUCAGUUACAGUGGCUGUGGAGGCAAUCGAAACAACUUUCUACAUCUCAUUGACUGUGAAGCCACGUGUGUAUGGUUUGGUACUUUGGAGGGGCCUCAAAUCUACUGA